GGCAUCAGAAAAUGUUGCUGCAGCGUACAACAACAAGACUAUUCUCCAGAUAUUAUUAUAUUAUGGUACUUCAGCGGAUAAUUAUGGUAAUAGGAUAUCUCAACUUGAGCAACUUGUGAGGGAUGAGUGCAAGUCAGGAAAGAUUCAGAAGCUUGAGGAUGGAUUGAGAUGCUUUGAUCAAUUGAUUUUAGAAAGACCAUUACCAUCUAAUGAUACAUUAAUCAUGUAUUGGGAUCACUAUCGAAGAUUAAAUGCUAUUCAGAUGUCAUUUUGUUGUAUGAAAAGAUGAAUUUGGUUGGGGUACAACCAACUGCUGUUACAUUGAAUAUUUUGAUAAAUUGUUGGUGUCAAUCAGGACAGGUGAAUCAUGGGUUUUGUUUGCUUGGAGAGAUACUAAAGAGAGGUUAUCAGCCUAAUGUUAUGACUUUCAAUACACUGAUUAAAGGGUUGUGUAUCAAGGAUGAGAUUGAACAAGCCUUUCAAAUGUUCGCUAAAAUGACUCACACAGGUAUUCAACCUACUGCCAUUACGUGUAAAGUGGGUCGUGCUCUUCAGCUAAAAAACAACAUGGUGAAAUGGAACUGCAUCCCAACUGUUGUUUCUUAUUUGGUCAUCAUGGAUGCUCUUUGUAAAGGAGGUCUAGUUGAUCAAGCUUUGCUUCUCUUCUCCGAAAUGCUUAGAGAUUCAAAUGUUGUACCCACUGUAAUCGUUUACAAUUCUUUGAUCAAUGGACUUUGCAAUUCAGGACGGUUGAACGAGGCAAAGAGAGUCUUUGACGAGAUGGUUAGUAGAGGAAUCUCUGCGGAUGUAAAGACAUAUAGUUGUAUGAUUGAUGGUCAUUGCCGGCAUGGUCAAUGGGAAGAAGCAAGAAGAUAUUUUGAUGAAAUGAUGGAUCGGGGGAUUUCACCCAAUACAAUAACUUUUAAUAUAUUAAUAGAUGCACAUUGUAAAGAUGGGAUAGCAGAAGAUGCUUGGGGGUUAUUUCAACUGAUGGACAAGUUAAACAUAAAACCUGAUAAUUUUACUUAUAACUCAAUGAUCGAUGGUCUAUGUUUGACAGAUCGGUUGAAAGAUGCAGUGAAACUGUUUGACUCGAUGGUAGAUAGGGGCCUUGAACCCGAUGUUGUCAGUUGCAGUAUAUUAAUUGGUGGAUAUUGCAAGAAUCGUAAGUUGGAUGAAGCUAUGCAACUGUUCAAGAAAAUGAAACAAAAAGGAGUGAAACCCACAAUAGUUACUUACAAUAUACUAUUAGCGGGACUAUACCGAGAUGGAAGAAUGAAGACUGCAAAGAAUUUGUUUAAAGAGAUGCAAACUUUUGGUUUAUCUCCGGAUAUUGUCACAUAUAGUACAUUACUAGAUGGGUAUUGCAAGAACGGAUACAUUGAGAAAGCAAUACAGUUAUUUGAAUCCAUGGAAAAAACUGGUAUCUCAGCUAAUAUUUACACCUACAAUAUUCUUAUUCAAGGUUUGUUUCAAGCAGGCAAGUUCGAAGAUGCAAGAAAACUGUUUGUGGAUAUUCCAAAUAAGGGAUUAACGCCUGAUAUAGUAACAUAUACCACAAUGAUAAAUGGCCUCUUUCGCAGCAAGAUGUUAUUAGAGGCUCACAUUUUAAUCUUUGAAAUGGAAAAGAAGGGUUGUGUACCUGGUGCUAGAACGUAUGAUACCGUCAUUAAGGGUUUUCUUGUAGAAAAGGAAGUUGAUACGGCAUUGCAAUUUCUUGGCAAGAUGCGUGAAAGAAAAUUUGCACCAAAUGAUGCUGUCAUUUGUUUGUUAGUUACCAUUCUCUCCACAGAUAAGUUAAAAAAUCUUAGCGUGUGUGAAACCUUGAAGUGUGGAGGUGACUUGUGCACGUUUUCAGGUGCCUCAGCAAAUAACAAUGGGAAUUCCUUACAUAAGAGGACAACGAUAGCUUGAUAGUAGAUCCAUGACAUAUUUCACCUAUCUGUAAUGUCCCCUGCUGUAGUUUCUUUACUUAGGUUUCUGGUGCACCAUUUUAUUUGUUCAAUUUUAAUUAGAACUUAGGAAUACAUAUUUUCAUCUUUUCUUUGAACCUGUAUUGAUGUUGUAGCCUCUGAAUGAUAUGAUCGAAGGAAUAAGAAUGUGUACUUGCAGAUUUCAUUGCUAGACUUCCAUUUAGUAGAGUUGUAUCUUUAACUUAGGACUUGACAACGUUCGUACUGCGAGAAUUAUAUCAGCUUCUGGAGCAUCAACUGCCCCGUUCUUGGUUUCUCCAGGCAUGGGUGAGGUUUUUUUUUCUGGGAAUACAAAGUUAUCCCCGUUCCUGUGGAUUUCAAUAUGACGGUGUACUUCUGAGGGGUGUAUUUUGCGAUGCAGGUGUAUCUAGUUAUUCUUCAGUGAUAAGAGUUACUUAUUUAUCUAUUCAGUGCAGGCACUAGAAAUGCAGGGGGAACAUUCGGAAGCAGUCGAGGAAAUUUCACCAAACAUUUCCUCUCAAAGAAUCUCUGAAACUGUGAAGGCAUCAGAGGGAGGUUCAUCAAUGGAGGAAUAUAUCCUAAGCAUGGGGAGUGUCUAGCCUUCAAAGAAGCUAUCAACUGGGCUAGGGAGAAGAAUCUGACUAAAGUAAUGUUUGAAGGUGACUGUGUAAAUAUGAUCAACUCUGUGAAGCAAGCCAAAACUUCGGUUCACUGGAUGAACGAAGGCAUUGUAAAUGAAAUAAGGAAACUACUUUCUCGGUUUUCUUGGUUUGAUCUCAGUCAUGUUAAAAGACAAGCAAACAAUGUGGCGCAUGUAAUAGCUAACAAAGCUAGAAC